UUUAUGAAAUCCGAGGUGCACCUUGAGUGAGGCGCAGAAGAGGCAGAAGGUGGAAACUCCACUCCACGUCUUUCCGCGAUCGAUUGCUUCUGUCUGAUCUGUGAUGUUAAAGAUGGAUGCCUGCCGCAAUUGCUAACAGACACUGGAAAAGAAGGAGGCCGGGUCGUGUUCUAACGUGUAUUUCCCUCUUUUUUUUUUGGCCGAGGCUUGCUGAGCUACAGCAUGACCACAGCAGUGACUGCUCAUCUGGUAGUUCUGGCAAAUGAAAAUGGAGGAGGUUUCAAUGUCCAGCCUGGACAACAGCAAGCUGGAGGGUCUAGCUCAGGACAUCCUGUCUGACCUGGUGGAGGAUGCAUGCCUGGGCCUCUGCUUCGAGGUCCACCGGGCUGUCAAGCAGGGAUACUUCUUCCUGGAUGACACGGACCAAGAAAGCAUGAGAGACUUUGAAAUCGUGGACCAGCCGGGUUUGGAUGUGUUCGGCCAGGUGUACAACCAGUGGAAGAACAAAGAGUGCGUGUGUCCUAACUGCAGCCGCAGCAUCGCCGCGUCGCGCUUUGCGCCGCACCUGGAGAAAUGUCUGGGGAUGGGACGCAACAGCAGCCGCAUAGCCAACCGCAGAAUAGUGACGGGUAACAACACCAACAACAAGUCCGAGAGUGAUCAAGAAGACAACGAUGACGUCAAUGAUAACGACUGGUCUUACGGGGCGGAAAAGAAAGCCAAAAAAAGGAAAUCAGAUAAGAAUCCAAACUCGCCCAGAAGAUCCAAAUCAUUUAAGCAUAAGAGCAGCAUGAUGGGCCCUCGGCGUCGCAUGGACAACCAGGAAAGCCCGCGCAUGCUGAUGAAAGAUGAGGCAUUCCCUCAAUAACACACACACACAUGCACACACACACACACACACACGCACACACACACACACACACACACACACACACACACACACACACAGGAAGACCAACAGUACUUUAAUCAUGUGAAAUGUUGGUGUUUUUGGUGACUUUUCUGCAGACUCUGACCUCUCAAUUUAUACUUGACACAUUUUUGUUUUUUAACGCCCGCUCACAUACAGACACUGGCUUUCAAUGUAACAAUGAAUCAUUUUACAUAUUCCAAGUGUAUGUACAGUAAAAUCACUCGGUGUCCCAGCAAGAUUUAUUACAAAAGUGAGGGCUUUUGUAUUUCAUUGCAAUUAAAAAAAAAAAAAAAGAAAGAAAAUUUUAUUUUGUAAAUUUAAGGGUCACAUUACGUUUCAGAGAAUCGUUAUAAGGAAUGAUUUGUCUUGUUCUUUUUACAUCCAGUUAUUUGUGUGUAUUUGAAAGAGUUAUCAUUCACCAGCGAGUGAUUUAAUCGAAUUGUACAAGCAGUUAUUUUGCGACACAAAGCGGGUGUCCUUUUUAUUUUUUAUUUUUAGGAAGGUGGGAAAAUGUUGUGUUUACAUUGUAAAAGGGUUACAGGUGUGAUGUGACAGUGUAAAUAUUCCAGUAGUUGAAUUGCUGCUAUCAUGGCUCAGUUUCAUUCAUCUGUCUAUCAUAGUAAUAAAUGAUUUGUUACAUUU